AUGUCAGUGUCGAGUAUCCAGCCAACUCUUCCUCUAUGGAUGAUCGAGACUUGGAACUCUUCUUCGGCCGAGCAAGGGGUUUCCUUUUUGCCUAUGACCUUAGGGUAUUUGAUCAACACCCAAAUCUUUGGCCACAUUUCUCAUCGUUUUGGUCGGUGGAAGCUUGCGAUGGCUGGGCUUCUGAUCAUUGGAAUUGCUGGAUUUGUGAUCCCUUAUUGUCCCAAUAGGUUUGUUCUUAUUUUCCCCGUAUUCUUUACUGGAAUGGGCAUAGCAAUUGUGGAUGUUACAAUGUUCUCCAUGCUGGGGACAAUCGUGGACAAGAGGCAUUCCUCGGCGUAUGGCUCGGUUUUUGCGAUCGGCGAUUCCGCGGAAUGCCUGGCCUUUGCCGCAGGGCCGUUUUUGGCUGGGCCAUUUGUCAAAUGGUUCGGCUUUAAAUAGUAAGUUUUUAAUUGACCUUUUUUGGUGACUUUAGUUCUUAAAGGUCCAUGGUGCAACGAUUCAAACAAUUUUUUUAGUGCCAUGUUCUUCAUGGGCGGAAUUAAUCUCCUUUACAUUCCGUUUAUGAUUCUCUUGAAGAAUCUAGACGGAUCAGAUGGAAAGGAAAGUAACGGUAGCGAUGAAUCCAUCGGAUUUGAUGGAGUUGAAUUUACCAAAACUGGGGAAUCUGACGAAUUAAGUCUUCGGAAACGACGACCUUCAGAACUAUACAAUGCCAGCAACAAAUCUCUCAAAUCUCUUAGCUUAAGCAUAUGA